AUGGUAAUGAACAAAAUAACUAAAUCGGACUCGAAUAAGGAUGAAGAUGGGACACUGGAAAAAGGAGGAUUAUUUGACAAUUUUUUUGAAUGCAUGAAUGAGCAAAUGAGCAGAAUUGACAGAUACCAUCAGGACAUGAGUAGAAUGAUGAAUUCUUUGAGAACUCAUUAUUUACAUGAUGAUUUUUCAAAAUAUUUUCCUAGUAGAAGAUCCCUUUUAGAUUAUGAUUUAAGAAAUAGUGGAAACAGUGAUGUACUUUUUUCCAAGCCUAAAUCACUUUUUAUGGAAGGAUUCAGAAACGUACCCCCAAUGGAUGUUAUAGAUAAGGAUAAAGAAAUUGAGAUUAAAAUGGACGUACCUGGUUUAAAUAAAGAAAAUGUACAAAUAAAUUUAUAUAACGGACAUUUGGAAAUUAGCGGUGGUUGUAAGAAAACAGAAGAAACGAAGGAUGAAAAACAUAGGUAUUACGUUAAAGAAAGAUCUGAAUCAUCGUUUUAUAGAUCUUUUGCCUUACCUGAAAAUGUAUGCGAGGACAAUAUUAAAGCUACCUUUAAGGAUGGAGUUUUAAAAAUUGAUAUUCCUAAGAAAGACAUUCUUCCAGAAAAAAAAAAGAAAAUCGAAAUUCAGUAA